GCCCGGCACGGCUUCCGGAAGAGGCGGGAGCGGCGGCUCCAGGUGCUGCGCCCGGUUCUGUUCGGCUGCGCGCCCUCGGUUGCUUCCAUGGCCGGCAAGAAGGUGCACCGGCCCAUCGCCGCCAUGGCCAAGAAGAUCCGCGAGUACCGGGCGCUGAAGGAUCGGCCGCGGGACUCACAGCGUUUCGCCGUGGACUACGACACCAUGCGGCGGCCGCUGACGCAGAAACGGCUGCCCGUGCGGGCCUGGGAGGACGUGCGGAACGAGAACCGGCUGUUUGAGCUGCUCUGCCGCCUACCGCGCUUCGGCGUGGGCCGCACCGUCACCCGCAAAUCCUGGCUGUGGGCGCACGACGAGCCCUGCUACUGGGUCAUCACCAAGGUGAAGGCGGACUACAUGGCCGAGGUACCUCUCCCGUCCCGCCCGGCGGAACUCUCGCCUGCCGCCCCGCCGCGACCCACCCUCAACAGGUUCCUCUUUUCUUUGCAGAACAUGGACCAUGGAAAAGCCUGGGGCUACCUGACCUUCAAAGGCAAAACUGAAGAGGAAGUGAGGGAGAUUGACAAAGCCAUGUACCAUGACUGGCGUAUGGUGCCCAAACACGAGGAGGAGGCCUUCAAGAACUUCACCCCAGUGCCUGAGGAGACUGUUCAGUUUCUGCCAUAUCCACCACUGCUCCGAGCCAUGAUCCUUGCACAGUGGCAGAAGGAGGGAAAACCAAUCAUGGAAGAGCCAAUUAUUGAUCUAGAGAAAGUCUUGGCCACUCCCCAAGAGCAGGCAAAGAAAAAAGCUACAGGGACACCGAUAUAAAGACUUGUUCUGUAUCCUGAGUAUCCUGCAUGCUCUCACUGCCUGUUAGAAGCUCAGUGCACAGGGGGUGUUACAGAGCCCCUCUGUGCCCAUUGUGGUAGGAUGUUUCCAGCUUUCUCCUCAGCUCUGCAAGUCACCUCAUGUGAAAGGGAAGAUGCAGAUACACUCACUCUUCUUCCAUAACUUUGGUUUCAGUCAGCAGAGGAAUCUUCUUGGUUCCCUGGAUAGUCUCUAAAUACACAGCUCCAGUCAGCCAGCUGCAGUUCUUUGGAGCAUAACAUUUUUUACAUAACUUGGGUCCUGCAUUAAUCACAGAAAAAUGACUGUGAAUAUCACAGUAUUUCAUAGAGCUGUGAAAAAAUGUAUCUGCAAAUGGAAAUAAAUAGUUUCUUAAUUCUGCA